AUGUUUGCUUCUGUGUUCACUCCCUCUCGCUCCCCUGAUGCGGUCCGGUACCGUAAAAUUAUCACCUGGCACCUGGGGAACAGCGCAACUUCCUUGGACUUCUCCGCAGGCGGAGAUCUCCUUGCUUGUGGCGGCAAGGACGGCUUGCAGAUUUGGAACACAAAGUCGCUCCACAAUGUACCCGUGCCGGAGCACCGAGACGAAUGGAUGGGGCCCAUCUCACAAGUGAUGUGGAUACAAACACGCGCCAGCGGGCCAGUGAUAUGCUAUGGUACAACAUUGGGAUACUUGCGCUUCCUAAAGCGGAACGAUGAAGAUACUGAUUUUAGUGAGACUGGCUUCUGGCGAAUCGCUCGCUCUGAGUCCAAGAACCCACGGGACGCGGAGAUCUUAACGCUUGCGAACCACGUCACCCGUGACGGGAUCCAUAUCGUGGCGGGGACACGGGCUGGACAUGUCCUCAUGUGCAGAUAUAACGAAACGGACGACUUGCGGCUCGUUUUCAACCGAACCCUCGCAGGACAGUUUGACAAUAUUAUUGAUGGCUUCCAGUCGACACCCGCUAUUGGCCGUUUUCAGCUCCAGGACCAUGCCUCAAAAAUCGACUCUGGCUAUUGCCGCCACAUGAACUGCACCAUAGGCGUGUUGCCGUAUUCCAUCCACUUCGCCUCCAAGGCACAGAUCCUCGUGUUCGGGCUGGAGGACGGUUCAAUGUACGUCUUGCGUGCCGACGACGGGAAGACAAAGAGUUUGCGACCUUUGGCACAGUCAAUUGGAUCCGCAGCUGUAUCGGAUUGCGAUCACCUACUACUUAUCGACAACGUCGUGAACGGGUUUGACCUCUGGAACUUGGGCGAAGUGGUCACCCACAAGCGAACGUUCUCAGUGGACAGAAGAGUCAAGGGUUUUUACCCUAGACAAGUGCGCUUCGCCGAGAAAUCGCGUGUCAUCGUUGGGGGAAGCACCCACAGGGAAGUCUACAUAUUUGACCGAACGACCGGAGCGCCCCUCGAGGUAUUAGAGCACGCAGCCGAGGGACGUGUACAAACGAUUGCGAACGUGAUGGAGCGUGUUCACAUCGCAUCUCGGUUCAACACCAUCGCGACCAAGUUGGGGACCGUAAAGACGGUUAAGGACUUCGCAGAUACCGCCCACACCAACGAGGCCAUAGCACGUACUGAGAAGACGCCAUGUCGUAGGGUGACCAUGGAGAUGGAGGUCGUUCUGGAAAAUGGAAGCGCAGGGGCUGUUGAAACGACGGGGUUUGUUCUCUUGUAG